UCAGCACAUUCGGCCGACCUCUGGAGGCGUCGAUACGAUACGUCCAUUUCUUCACCCUCUAGCUUUUUCUCCUCUCUGCAUCAUUUCCUCUUCAACGUCUCUUCUUUUCACUCUUUCACAUAUCCACGUUUUCCUUCUUGUAUUUCCACUGCACAGCUGCAUCACGCGAAGUGAUGAUCUAUGCGAGCACGGGUGGAAGUCUCCAGAGUCCAUUGAUUCGGCGAUGAAAUUUCUAUUUCUGAGGGUGGCUGUGUGCAUGUAUGAGGUUUUUCCUGCAACGGCGGAGCAAUUGUGGUUCCUAAGGGCGGGAUUUGUCGAUGUUCGUCUUCAUGCUAUACAUUCACUCACCAUUUUCACUUUUGUUUCUUUCAUGAAGCGUUCAGGAAGGGUUGGCUGUUUGCAGCGAUUGGCGAUUGAAGGUGGUGGUGUGAUUAAGGGUGGCAGUCGCACGUCUUCUUCCCCGAGUGCAUGGUUUGAUUCUGAGGAAUCUGUGUGGCCGGGUGUGUUGUGUUUUCUUUUCCGGGUUUCUCGAAUGAGGCGUGAAAAAUGUGUGGGGAGAUCAUGGUUUGUUCUUCUUUUGGCGUUUGGGAUCGGCGGAAUGGUGGAAGAAGUGGGAGAUGUGCAGAUGCCGGUGGCGAUGAGAGAGACGACGACGAUAUCUCCACAGAUACGUUUCUUUUUCUCGAUCCAUGCUCUUGAAGAGGCGAAAAUUAAGAUUAUUCUUCUAGACGGAAGAAUUGCUUGGAUGAUCGGUGUGGAGAGAAGGAGAAGAGCAUGCUGAUGCCUUCUACUACAGUAUUACGCAUUGUACAUAUUUUCAGUGAGGAUUUUCUCAUCCGCCCACUUUUCCCCAGGAGAAGAUGAACUCCCCAGUGACUACAUUCCCGUGUAAGACGUCGAGUCAGUAAUCAACGUUCUCUCUGACUUGAUGUCGUGCGGUCUCCGUUCAUUGA